GCGAGACGGACUUCCGGCCGUCGAUCUCGCUGCACCGGCGGAGCCGGGCGCGGACAGGCGGACGAGACGCGGGGGCGGCGGCGGCGGCGGCGGCGCCCAGGCCCACCAUGUCCCGGCCCCAGAACCUAGAGCCAGGCCUCAGCAUGCAGGAAGGCUCCCCAACAGGCACAGGGGAUGAGGAGGCUGCUGAUGGGGUCCAGCAUUCCCACCGCAUGCUCAACUUCAGCGAUGCCCUGCUGUCCAUCAUCGCCACUGUAAUGAUCCUGCCUGUGACCCACACGGAGAUCUCCCCGGAACAGCAGUUUGACAGAAGUAUCCAGAAACUUCUAGCAACCAGGAUCGCUGUCUACCUGAUGACGUUUCUCAUCGUGACGGUGGCCUGGGCAGCACACACACGGUUGUUCCAGGUUGUGGGGAAAAUAGAUGAUACACUUGCUUUGCUUAACCUGGCCUGCAUGAUGACUAUCACCUUCCUGCCAUUCACAUUUUCCUUAAUGGUGACCUUCCCUGAGGUGCCUCUGGGCAUCUUCUUGUUCUGUAUGUGUGUGAUCGCCAUCGGGGCCGUGCAGGCCCUGAUCGUGGUGUACGCCUUCCACUCCCCCCACCUCCUGAACCCCCAUAUAGAGGGCUCCGCCCACAGGGCCCACUACCGGCAGCAUGUGCUGUGCGUCGUCCUCCAGGGCCCUGCGCUCUGCUUCGCAGCAGCUGGCUUCUCCCUGUUCUUCUACCCUGCGCGGCUGCACCGUUUUACGUUCCCACCAGCUUUGCACGUUCCCAGCCUCCCCGCACCCUCGCCCGCAGUGCUGUGCUCUUGUGGAGCCAUCCUCCUGGGGUCAUACGUGCUCAUGGCGACGGUUAUCUUCCUGCCCUACCUCAGCAAGGCUGCCAGCUGGUGCAGAGGCAAGCUUGUGGGCCCCCGGGAGCCCCCAGCUCACAGUGUGGAGUAUUUCACUUUUGACCUGCACGAGCCUUUCAGCAAAGAGCGGGUGGAGGCCUUCAGUGACGGGGUCUAUGCCAUUGUGGCUACACUCCUCAUUCUGGACAUCUGCGAGGACAACGUCCCAGACUCCAAGGACGUGAGGGAGAAGUUCCACGGCAGCCUGGUGGCAGCGCUGAGUACGUACGGGCCACACUUCCUGGCCUACUUUGGCUCCUUCGCCACAGUGGGCCUGCUCUGGUUUGCCCACCACUCACUCUUCCUACACAUCCGCAAGGCCACACAGUCCAUGGGGCUGCUGAACACGCUCUCGCUGGCCUUCGUGGGUGGCCUCCCGCUGGCGUACCAGCAGACCUCAGCCUUCGCCCAGCAGCCCCGAGACGAGCUCGAAAGCGUGCGCAUCAGCUGCGCCAUCAUCUUCUUCGCCAGCAUCUUCCAGUUUGCCAUCUGGACUACAGCCCUGCUGCACGAGGGGGAGACACUGCAGCCCUCGGUGCGAUUCGGAGGCCAGGAGCACGCGUUCAUGUUUGCCAAACUUGCGCUGUACCCAUGCGCCAGCCUGCUGGCCUUCGUCUCCACCUGCUUCCUAAGCAGGUUCAGCACAGCCAUCUUCCACCUCAUGCAGAUCGCCGUGCCCUUUGGCUUCCUGCUGCUGCGCCUGCUCGUGCGCCUGGCCCUGGCGCUCCUGCAGGCUCUGUGGGCCCUUGCCCUGCCCACGGACCGCAGCAACCAUGGCGCACAGUCCCCACUCCUCCCUGCUUCCUGCUAGAAUGAGGCCUACCUGCCUGGCCUGAGGUUCGGCUGCCAGCCAAGUGCCCGGGUUCAGGCUGUUAUUUCCAUCAGGUGACUUCACAUUCAGCUUCAGAGGUUUCUCACUCUUGUCAAAAGGAGUUUGACAGGAGCUUCACUUGGCAUUUUUUACAUGCCCAGCUCCUUGCUGGCCCAUGCUGUCUCCAUCCAGCUAAGGUGAGCCCCAUUGGGACUCCAGUCAGUGGUUCCAGGGACAGCUGGCCCCCUGAAAACCCACAGCCUAGGCCUGUGGGGGGCAGGGACACGCAUGUUGCUCUAAGACUCCCACAGGGAGCCCAGCCACUCCCCUGAUGGGCUGAACUGCCUGAGCCCAGUCCCCUCCACACGCAAAGCCCUCUGGCUGAACUGCCAGGCCUUGCCUCCUGCCAGUCAGUAGGCGCAGAGGCAGCAGAACCCAGGUGCCUCAGUAUCUGUCCAACACACGUCACGGCCAGGUGGCGGUGGGCUCCACAGAAGGGCACUGACACAGACUCACACAGGGCAGGGUCACACCAUAACAUUUACAGACAACUCCCACAGACCGAAACCAACGAAAUAAAAUCUAAUCACGCCACCGGGCACAGGAACAGGGGGAUGGACAUCUGUGCGCUGGAGGGAUGACAAGGAUGUUUUGCCAUAAACAGUUGUCCCCGUACAAA